AUGACGCUGAAUAAAUUAUCGAUCGAUAAAGUGGAUGUGAAAGAUAAAAGGGUCCUGAUUCGGGUCGAUUUUAAUGUACCAUUGAAAGAUGGCAAAAUUACGAACAACCAACGUAUUACAGCUGCUCUUCCAACGAUUAAACAUGCACUCGAUCAUGGCGCAAAAGCAGUCAUAUUAAUGUCACAUUUGGGACGUCCAGAUGGGAUGAGAAAGAUGGAAUUCACAUUGGAACCGGUUGCAGCAGAACUAAAAGCUGUUCUGGGCAAGAAUGUCACAUUCGUGCAUGAUUGUGUUGGGCCAGAAGCCGAAAAAGCUACAGCUGAUCCUGCUCCCGGCAGUGUUAUUUUGCUUGAAAAUCUUCGAUUUUAUUUGGAAGAAGAAGGAAAAGGUGUUAAUGAAAAGGGCGAAAAAGUCAAGGCAUCACAAGCUGAUAUCGACAAGUUUCGUGCAUCUCUGACAAAACAUGGCGAUGUUUAUGUGAAUGAUGCAUUUGGUACAGCUCAUCGCGCGCACAGCUCUAUGGUUGGAGUCAAAUUGGACAAACGUGCCACCGGUUUCUUGAUGAAGAAAGAGUUAGAUUAUUUUGCAAAAGCUCUGGAUAAUCCUGUUCCACCAUUCCUCGCAAUUUUGGGUGGUGCUAAAGUAGCAGAUAAGAUUCAGCUUAUUCGCAAUCUUUUAGAUAAAGUAAGCGAAAUGAUUAUUGGUGGUGGCAUGGCCUACACGUUUUUGAAUGUUAUUAAUAACAUCAAUAUCGGAAAAUCACUUUUUGACACAGAGGGUGCCAAAAUAGUAAAGGAAUUGAUGGAUAAAGCCAAAGAAAAGGGUGUGAAAAUACAUUUACCAAUUGAUUUUGUUAUUGCUGAUGAUUUCAAAGAAGAUGCCCAGUUCAAAACAGCCGACCUCAGUUCAGGUAUUCCGGAUGGAUGGAUGGGUUUAGAUAUUGGACCGGAAACAGCCAAGCAAUUUGCUGAGGUUGUAGGACGUGCAAAAACUAUUGUUUGGAAUGGGCCAGCAGGUGUUUUCGAGUGGGAGAAUUUUUCGAAAGGAACAAAAGCUGUAAUGGAUGCUGUUGUCGACGUUACUUCCAAGGGCGCUGUUACUAUCAUCGGUGGUGGCGAUACGGCGACAUGUUGCAAGAAAUGGAAGACUGGUGACAAAGUGAGCCACGUUAGUACUGGUGGUGGUGCAAGUCUGGAAUUGCUUGAAGGAAAAGUACUACCUGGUGUUGAUGCGCUUUCUCCAGCUUAA